AUGUCAUCUAAAAAUACGGCUGGACGAUUACCAAAAGAGGUGUGGAAAUAUAUCCAAAAAGGAAAUCUCAAAGUUCGUGGACAUUAUAGUCAAUUUGAUUGUAUAGCAGCCGGUAGUGAUGUUGAACAAAAAUUUCUUAGAAUUGUAUCUGCAAGAAAUCAUCCAAGAGAAAAUGAAACUGAAUCAGAUUUUCUAGUAUUUAAAAAGGUUCACACAAAUGAACCUCAAGAAUCAUAUUAUCAAUCUGAAAUUUUUUCAUCUUGA